CACCCUCAAAAAACAGUAAAGAGUAAACUAGGCUCGUUGGGCGCCGAGGAAAUUAGUGGAGACAGAGCAGCGGCAAGUGGAGGAACUGAAAAGGGCAAAGGUAAAAUCGUUUAUAUUCAACUUCAGGCUAUACUACCACCACCACCUUCUACUAGUAAGUGCGCGGUGUUCAAGUUGCCUCUGAGUGAGCGAGUCAACUAUGCUGGAUAUUCAUCAAGAACAAAGGGUCAAUUUCACCGGAGACCCAACAAACUCUCAAUUCCCCCACGACUUCGUCAAUGUCAGCGGCAAUGGUAACAUAGCCGCCGUUGAUUCUGGAUUUCCUCCUCCUCCCCGACCGCCCCCUAAUCAUAAUUAUCCCAUCCCUCGCAAACGACAAUGGGGACCUCCUCAAGAUCAAGUCGAUGUUACGGGUCAUGUUAAAGUUUACGUUGCACCUGUUCCCAGAACUGCAUCUGAGGCUGAUGUCCGCCUUGUGUUCCAAGGAUAUGGAACUAUUGUCGAGGUUGUUCUUUUAAGGGAUAAGGCAACUGGAGUUCGACAAGGAAGUUGUUUGGUGAAAUAUUCAACAUUUGAUGAAGCGGAUAUGGCUAUUAAGGCUUUAAGCAAUCAGUAUACAUUUCCUGGAGAAUCAUCACCUGUUGUUGUCAGAUUUGCCGAUCGAAAACGUGAACGUUUUGGGCUUCGAGACUUCUGUCAAAACAUGGAAAGGAGAGAUCCUCCCGAAGUGGUGGGUAAAGUUUAUGUUGGUUGCAUCAACAAUGAAGCUUCAAAACAGGAAAUUGAAGAAAUAUUUUCCCCUUACGGGCAUAUAGAAGAUGUCGUCGUCUUGCGGAAUCGCGGAUAUGGUUUUGUCAAAUUUUAUAACAGAGAGAUGGCGUUGGCAGCAAUCAAAGGGUUGGAUAGAACAUUCACGAUGAGAGGUUGUGAUCAACCAUUAAUUGUUCGUUUUGCGGAACCGAAGAAACCUAGGAUGGGAGAAUUAAGGGGCAAUUACUUACCUGCGAAUGCAAGUUAUGGUCCCAGUUCCCAAGAACCAGCAGCUUGGCCACUACCAAAUUUUUGUGAUCCCAAUACUGGAGGAAGUAAUAUGCAUAUUGCUCCACAUCAUUCCAGACUUCCACACCAGCAAGUUAAUGCUCAUAUUCCCAACUGGCAACCUGUUGCUACUGUUGUACAGCAACAAUUUCCACCCCAACACGUACAUUCACAAUUGACUUCGAUGCCUUUACGGCCACUUCAAGCUCCCAACUUGUCUUCUCAACCAUUUAUCACUGAGGUGCAGAGACAAUUUCAUCCACCAGAUUCAUUGGUCCAAAAUAUAGAGCAGCAGCUAAGUUCUCAGCUACCUACUCAGACUGAACGUUGCAAUACAGUUGUUGGUAGUACCUCACCUGAUCUGCAUACAAAUCCCCAAGAUGAAGAAUUUCCAGAGUCUGACUGGAGCGAACAUUACUGCCCUGAUGGUAACAAGUACUACUACAACUGUGUCACUUGCGAAAGCAGAUGGGAAAAGCCUGGGGAGUAUGCUUUGUAUGACAAAGAAUCACAGAAGCAACACGAGCAAGAUGAUCAUAGCUUACUUCAACCGCAAUUGUCGUUAUCUUCCUCUCAAGAAGUUUCUCAAAAGCAACAGGAAACAAAUCAUGAUGAUCACAUGCAGUCAGAAACAAGUCCUGUUGUUGAACAGGUGUGAUUUUAUUUUUCUCGUGCUACUGGAGUCACAUAUUGUCAACAUUUUUUUUUUACAAGUACAUAUUGUCAACAAUCAUUGUUAUAUUAUUAUUAUAAAGUGGCCUUCAAAUUGUUACAAAACUAGUGUGCGUUUCUCCGAA